AUGGGAGACGCGGGGCCUCCGUCGCCGGACCCGAUCUUGCAGCAGGAAAGCGCUGUGCAAGUCGGAGGGGUGGGCGCGGAUGAAGCGGCACCCUUGAGGGAGGUGAAGGUGUUGGUGACUGGGUUCGGGCCCUUCAAAUCUUUCCUGAUAAACCCGUCAUGGCUGAUCGCCUCGGCCCUCCCGGACGAGCUCUACCCUUCGCCUUCGUCGUCCACGGCCGCAAAAUCCCCAGACUACAAAAUCACACUGAUAGUCCACCCAUCUGCCGUCCGCGUCUCGUACUCGACGGUCUCCACGACGGUGCCGGCGCUGCUCUCCUCCCUGGACCCGGACUUCGUACUACACAUCGGCAUGGCCGGCGGGCGGGACUGCUACAGUCUAGAAACCCGCGCGCACCGAGACAACUACCGGAUCAAAGACGUGGAUGACGCGGACGGGCUGACGUGCGGCGAGCAGCGCUGGCGGAGGGAGAACGUCCCCGAGGUGCUGUACGUGGGGUGGGAGGAAGGCGACGUGUUGAGACGGUGGGAAGAGGGCGUGAAGAAGGGCUUGGCCGAACGGGGGUUCUUGGGCAAGGCCGAGAUGGAGAGGGAGAGGGAAAGGGCAAAGGCGCCGACUAACCAGCAAUCCCAGAACGGUCGCUUACCUGAACCUCCUUCUGUCUCUGCUUCUGCUUCUACUUCUGUAUUCGGACUGCCGCCACGGGCCCACCACGCCUACGGGCCGGUCAAUCUCAUGUGGGGCACGAGUAAUGUCCCCGCGAGCGCGACCAAGGCGGACGAACACAGACGGAAAGCGGUGGUCAAGCUGUCGGCCGACGCGGGCCGGUUUCUGUGCGAGUACGCCCUGUUUGAGAGCCUGAGUCGGAGGUGGCUGGACGCGAGGAGGGUGGAGGAAGAUGAGACCAGAGAUCCUGCUGUUGUUGCGGCGGCGGCGACGGCAGCAGCAGCAGCAUCGUCAUCAGCAGCAGCGUCGUCAUCGGCAUCCGCUUCCGCUUCCCCAUCUUCUCCUGCCUCUUCUGCGCGACGAGAGCUCGCGCGAGAACGGCUGGGCAAAGUCGCGUUCCUGCAUGUGCCGGGCUGGACGGGCGUCGAGGACAUCAACCGCGGGGUCAUGGUCGCGGAGGAAGCCAUCCGCGCCCUUGUGGGGAGUUGGGAGGGGGGAUAUAGAAGGAAUGGCAGGGUCGCUCAGGCCAAGGCCUACACGCAGCAGCAUUCGGAGGAGAAGGGCCGGGUUGCCGCGAACUGGAAGGCUUGA